UGGCCGCUCGGCCAAAGUCGGGACAAUUCCUCCUGUCAACAAGUGUUUAUAAAAUCACGUGAAACUUCGACGGCCGAGGCGAGUCCGUUUUUUUUUUUUUUAUUUCGAAUCCUUAAGUUUCCUCUGUCAUGGUUCGAGUUAACUGAAAUAGCCUCUUAUUCUAAGCCCUUCGGCAUAUAUCUCAAAUCUAAAAAAACGCGAAGAUAUGUGAAAGGUAGAGAAUUGUUUUUUAAUCGGCUCUUAUUUUCAAUUUUCCCUCGGAGGCGAUCGUCUUCAAUUCGACCUGUGAUAAAAAUGAGGGGAUCCUUGCCGUCUACAACAAUGCUGUUGGCAUUAUUCUAAUAACAUUUUUAAAAAACCAGUAGGAUUUGAUUUUUUCACUUUCAUAGAGCAAGACAGUGAAACGUCAGUUGCGAUGAGCCGACAAGAAGGUGAAUAUCCGAUGCGACUCACCCCGUUUUCCUCAGCCAAUGUGUUAACUGCAUUUCCUCAUCAUUCCCGGAGGAAAACUCUAAGGCCUUGGAGGGGACCGACGGGCGUUAUCCUGGAGGAACGAAUUGUAAGAUGACUGGUGUGAGGAAAGUGAAUGCAGUGAAGAAGAUUUGAUAACAGAUUACCUAGGUAGUGAAGAAAUGAGUGACAAACAAGAACUCAUUGGCCCCUCUCCUCUUGUCCCGACCAUCAGCGUCACACCUCACUCUCCAGCAGGAAAGCACUAUCCUAUUUUAGAGGACAACUUGCAACAAUUGCAAUACAUCCAUGAAAGUGUUCAACAAAUGCGAGAUCUCUCAGUUCAACCAACAACUAAUCAAGAAGCGAGUCGCCUCAGUGCUUCAUGCCCGUCGUUGAACGAUGCUGGAUCUGACCCGGAUCUUUUGUCGAGUGUCAACUCCACACCAUCUCAGACGCUCACGUUAGCCACACCUGCACUUUCCCGUUCCAUUUAUCACAAACGUGGUUCAGGUGAGUGGGAGUACAGACGUAAAGCAGCAGGUGAGAAUGAAACUGAAAUUUCUCGAAGAAAAAGUUGGGCGGCAAUUGAAGAUCUGUCGCAUGGCAAGGAACCCUGUAAAAAUUCUCGACAAAGAAGUGGGAAUGAUUUAUGCAGUAUAAGCCUGAGCAGUAUGGAAUCGGAUAUGGAUGAUCCAUUUUGUGAAAGCACAGCAAAUCUUCUCGGAACAGAUGAAGCAAAAUCACGUGUUAGACAAGCUCGCACUAAUGCUAAUUCAUCUACCCAUUCUCUGAAUGAAGCUGAAUUACAGGGAGAUUUUAAAAAGGUAGUGUCAAAACGAGAAGCUGAAACAAGAUUAUUGAAUGCUCGGUUGAAUUCUCCACUCCAGAAAUCAGUUUCAACACCAUCCAUAAUAGCUGUCCGAGAGCUUGCAAGUACAGAACCUACCAUGAUUGUAGAAUCUUCAACAUCAACAUUACCAGUUGGGUGUCAACUGCGAGGGUUUGGUACCGAGAGUGAUGAAGAAGACUUGGCGGCUAUUCUCGACUCAGAAAAGGAUUUAGCAGUCUCAGAUUAUUUUACACAUGCUGCUUAUGAUGACCAUUCUGAAAAAAGAAGGAAACGAGGAAGUCUUUUUUUUCGCAAAAAGAAGGACAAAGUAAAAAAGACUACACACCAGUGGGUAUCAGUAUCAUAUGGGAACUCUCAAAUGUGUGAUUUCUGUUCAAAAAUCCUGACCAAUAAGCCAUCUGUAUAUUGUGAAAGUUGUACCAUUACUGUACAUCAAAAUUCAUGUAAAGAUAGUCUUGCUGAUUGUAAAGGAAAAGGGAGUAAGCUCAUGGCUAAAACAACAGCUUCUUUGGGAAAAUCAACCGGAAAACGAUCGAGUAGCAAUCAGUCUGGAUCCCCUAGCAGUCAAAUGAACAAUGAUGAUGACCAUCAUUAUCAUCCCACACAGCACGAUGCAGUAAGCUAUACAGAAGAAGUUCCAUUGGUACAGUAUGAAUUUCUGGAUGAACCACCGAUAACUGUGAAUGACUUGGAAACCGACCCUUACCUUGGACUCCAAGAGGAAGAACCCGACUCUUGGACUCCAACAGCAACCAAAGAAAUCAUUAAAAAGUUAAAGGAGAAAGAAAUUAAGCGCCAAGAACAUUUAUAUGAAUUCAUUUUGACGGAAAAACAUCAUUGCUUAACAUUGAGGGUGAUGCAAAAAGUGUUUGUAGAGGGUUUGCAGAAAUAUUUUCAACUAGGUGCAGCUGUAGAAAGAAUGUUUCCAAGGCUAGCUGAUUUAACGGAAAUCCAUUUAGGAUUUUUACGGCAGCUGCGAGCCAGACAAAAGGAAUCACCGCCCGUAAUUGAAUAUAUAGGAGAUAUUUUAUUAGAACAAUUCAGUGGACUUGCAGCCGAGCGUUUGAAAUCCGUCUAUGGUGAAUUUUGUUCCAACCAUAGGUAUGCGAUUGAUAUAUAUAAGGAGUCUAUGCAACAAGACGGAAGAUUUGCCGAGUUUGUUAAACAUUGUCAGGGAAAUCCAUUGCUUAAGAAAAAAGGAAUUCCUGAAUGUAUUUUAUUUGUUACUCAACGUUUGACAAAAUAUCCUUUGUUAAUUGAGCCAUUGAUUAAAACUUCAAAAGACAAUAAAGAAGAACAAGACAGAUUAGUCAAAGCACUGUCUUUAAUUAAGGAAAUCCUAGUAGAGGUUGAUGCUCAAGUUGCUGAAAAGGAGAAAGAAGUCCGUAAACUAGAAAUUUAUAAUCGAGUCGAAGCCAAAUCUUUUACUACUCAUAGAGGUCAUAAAUUCAAGAAAUCAGAUAUUAUGUCUGCAAAUAGAAAAUUGAGAUUUGAAGGAGUUGCAAUGUUGAUGCAGGGACGUGGUAAAGUACAGGUUGUACUAGUCAUUGUCUUUUCAGAUGUACUAUGUUUCUUGUUAGAAAACAACCAUAAGUACUCUUUUUUUACGCCUGAAAAUAAGGCUGGUGUAGUUUCUCUUCAAAAAUUAUUAGUACGUGAAAAGGCUGGCCAAGAAUCCCGAGGCAUUUACUUAAUAUCGUCAAAUCCUGCAGAUCCUGAGAUGUUCGAACUUAAAGUUCACAAACCGAAAGACAAGCAAAUAUGGAUUAAGGCGAUUAGGGAUGCAGUACAAAAUUGCCCUGAAGAUGAUGAGGACAACUGCAGUCAUGUUAUAAAUGUUGAAGAAAGGCAAAGGCAAUUUGACGGGCAGCAGAAACAAACUAAAGAACUAGUUGACUUGGGAGUUGGUGAAAUAAAAGAAUUGCUUAAACAAAAAGAUCGAGAACAAGCUCAAGUACUUGAGGAAAAAAUGGCUUUACAACUGAAGCUGCUGGCUUCAGCUGGAGUUGAUAACAUGCCAGAUAGGCCUAAUUAUAUGGCUCUUGUAACUGAACCUUUAGACAAUAACAAAAUCAGAAGAGAUGUUCUAACAGCAGUUAAGAAAGUAAAUCAGAUUGCAAAAUCACUGUAUGCAUCUGCAACAAAUUUAUCUAGAAGUGCAAGCUCAGUUGGCGAACAUCAAAGUGAUGCUUACAUAUCACCAACAUUGCCUAAACGCGCCGAAACAUUCGGAGGAUUUGACAACCAAGCUCCUAAUUCACGAGUUACUCUCCAAAAGAAACUACCCAACUCUAGUAGUCCUAUGGGAUCCCCUGAUACAGUCCAUAAAGGAAACUGCAAUCCAGCUACCAUCACAGUCGAAAAAACUCUAUUUAAAAAUUUAAUGGAAGAUGAUGAUUUAGAAGUUCCACAUUUAUUAACUGGCCAAGACCAUCAGGUUGCUGCUACUCAGUUAUCGCACCAUGUGUACACACUUUCUUGUAUUAUUUCACAUCAAAUGACUACAAUAGACAGCCUUGAGGCUGAAUUAGCUACAUUAAAAUCUAAUGUCGGUGACUCUGGAAGACCUAUUUACCGACACAAUCAGCAACUUGAAGAGCUGAGGAAUUUGCAGGAUAAACUGCAAAGUGAAAAAGAAAUCUGGCAAAGGGAAAAAGAUGCUGAAUUGAAAGAGUUAGAACAAAAGAAAGAAGAACUAUCACGGUUACAGGAGCAAAUAAGAAUUGAACAAGCUGACAUCACACAACAACGAGAACAAUUGUACAGAAAACUUGAAACACUUAGCAAUCAGGGAAUAAUGAUGAGUCCUACAAUUGUUGGAGCUUCGUCUCCUGAAGAAUUAUCGCCUCCUAUCAUACACACCCCUCCUAGUGAUCCACCAAAACGUAAAUCUGAUAUGGCAAAAUGGAAACAGUUACCUCCAAAUAAAGCUACAACAUUACCACUCAAUUUAAUUAGUGCUACUAAUCAACAAAAGGUUGCAUCGAAUGUUCAAAUUAAACAACAGUUACCUCUGAAGCUUGCUACUAAACUUAGUGGUAAUUCUGCACCAAACACAGCUAACGCCCCCCAACAAAUGCUUCCCUUAAAGUUAAGAGAAGCUGCCGGAGAGGGUAAGAAAACAACUGGAUAUCAGAGAUUGAGUUCAUGUAGCCCACCACAAUUACCAACACAUUCUCGCACAGGCUCAAGCCCAGCUAUGAUGCAAAAUAUACCGGGAGAAUCUAAAUCAGGAGCAAAGGCAGGACGGACGAACACCUAUCCAAAACUCCCAGACAAAUUUCGAGUACGGUCUCCUGAAUCAAAACAGGAAACAGUUCCUACCCAAAAUUCAGAGGAAGAAGUCAUUUUUUUUUAAUAACGGACAGUAUUUCUUGAUAAUGUAAGGUAUUGUAAACAAUGAAAACUGAAAUUACCAUAGCUCACAAAUUGAUUUGAUAAAUCAUUCAGCUUAAUUAUUUAUAUAUAAUUGAUUUAAAAUAAAAUUGUUUAUUGACAAUUAAUGAAUUUUUCGAAAGGUUACAAUUGUGUUCUGCAAGAUGAUGGUUAAUUUUUGAGAUACUUAUUUAUGUAAUAAUUAUGUACUAAAAUUAUCUGUGAAUUCGGAAAACUUGAAAUUUGAUGAAGAUAUUUUUAUAGAACAGUAAACAUUGGUUACUGUAAUAAUCGAGCGGGUCUUUUGUGUUCUUAGCAUAAAAUUCUAUGUAGGUUGUUAUUGCUGUUUAUAUUCUAUUACAUUAAAUUAAUUUUUCUAUGAAGAAUCAUUAUCUGUGUAUUUAUAUGUGUUUAUAACAUAUAUUCAUACACAUAUUUUAAAUGUAUUCAUAUAAUAAUAUAGAAAACUUCAUGAUAAAACAGUUUAAUAUUUAUGUAAGCCUAAAUAUGAAAUCGUAUGACUGUGGGUUGAAGAACCUUCUGUUACAAAUCUGGAUUGAAAAUUAUUUCUAAUUUUAAAAUAUACCACUGCUAUUGAAAAUUGUUAUUGCUUAAAUAAUAAAAAGGGAUUGAAGUAUAUAAUUGGCAAUAUUGUACUAUAUAAAUUUUUACUAUUCAAUCUGUUUAAAAAAAAAUUAUUAAUUAUUUUGAAAUCUGUCUGUGCUAGGGAUGCACAUCAGAUUCACAGUUUAUCAAAAGAAGUGUAAUUUUCCAGAGGAAUGUUAGCUACAAUUAGGAAGUGGUUACAAUUUGCAAAAGUUAAAAUAAAUUAUUUCUUCCCUUUAUAUUAUUUGCUAUUUUUGAAAUUGUAAUAUUUUAUGACAAAUUCUAUGGCUUUUAUAGAUGAAUAAUUUUAUUAUCAUUUUGGUAUUUUUCCUUUCAUUACUUACAUGUGACACAAUUCACUUUUGAUUUUUUUUUUUUCCCAAUACAUUUAGAAAAACACAUUUCGUUUUUGCACAGACUUAAUAUACUUAACUAGGCUUUUUUGUCUGUAUUUUUUUUUUUUUUUUUU